AUGCCUGGAUUAUUCAGAAUGGUUCAAGCGACCCAGGACUCGCUCUCCGAUGAAGCUCUUUACCCCCUCAAAUCAUACAAGUACUCCAGCGUGGAUAAGUCAUACAUUUCCAGAUAUAUCCUCAAACAUUAUUGGAAUGCCUCUGUCGAGUUCUUACCGUUAUGGAUGGCACCGAACAUGGUAACCCUGCUAGGGUUUUUCUUCAUCAUUGGGAACGUCGCUAUUGUGACAAUGUUUGUGCCUGAUUUAAUCGGGCCGGGACCUUCCUGGAUUUACUUCAGCUUUGCCCUCGGUGUAUGGAUGUACUCGACUUUAGACAAUAUUGAUGGAAAACAAGCCCGUCGAACGGGCACAUCUAGCGGUCUGGGAGAGCUCUUCGACCAUGGCAUCGACUCGCUAAACUGCACACUCGCCAGUUUGCUUCACGCUGCUGCAAUGGGACUCGGUUCGACGCAACUCGGUGCUUUCACCGCUCUAAUCCCUUGCUUGCCCAUGUUCUUUUCGACGUGGGAGACAUAUCAUACGCAUACACUGUAUCUUGGUUACUUUAAUGGGCCUACCGAGGGAUUGCUCAUUGCCAUUGCGAUUAUGAUUGCAUCCGGAAUUUACGGCCCUCUCAUCUGGCGCAACCAGGUGGCCGACGUUUUUGGACACCCAGAGUUAUUCGGAACACACACAUUCUUGGACUUUUGGGCAGGCAUUGUUUUUGGUUCUUUCUUAAUCGCGCAUCUGCCGGCAUGCGUCUACAAUGUUGCCCAGGCUCGCCGGCGGCAGGGUCUGCCAGUUCUCCCGGUUUUCCUGGAGUGGACAUCAAUAGCCGUGUUUACAUUCUCAGUGGUGGCAUGGUUAUUCUCCCCCUACUCGACUCUGCUGGCUAAUAACCAUUUGGUCCUCUUUUGCAUUGUCAUGUCUUUUGUUUUCGGCCGCAUGACCACCAAGAUCAUCUUGGCGCAUUUAAUCAGAAAGCCAUUCCCUUACUGGACGGUGAUGCUCACUCCGUUGAUCGGCGGUGCCAUCCUUGGGAACCUGCCUCGCUUCGGCUUGCCGGCGAUCAGCGCUGGGCUUGAGCUUUGGUACCUCCGUUUAUACCUAGUCUUCGCCUUUGUGGCCUACAUGCACUGGGCGUUCCUGGUGAUCAACAGAAUCACCACAUUUCUGGGCAUUAACUGCUUGACGAUCAAGGAAAACAAGUCCAUCGCGAGGGAUAUCGUCUACCGCAAUUUUGGUGAGCCCAAAUCGAACGGCGAUAAAGGCGGUUUCAAGCAUCACUAA